AUUUAUCGUCACUGUCUAUCAAGUGAUCAAUUUCUCAGUCUUUAUUCACUCUCGACAAAUCCAAUUCUUCUUCUUUUGAUUUCCAUUCUUCGUGUUCAGAAACCCUUCGAUUCUACACAAUGAAUGGAAACUUUCAAAACAAUUAUAGAGGUGGUUGGAAUCAUAUUCCAUUCAUUGAUUUCGCUCCGGAACAGUUUAACUAUAAUUACGGAAUUCCUCAUUAUUGGGGUCCGAGUAACUACAAUUACCGAAUUCCUCAUCGAAUUCCGGCGAAUUUUCCUGAUAUCAGACACUUACCACGUCAAAUGCCGGCACAUUAUCUUGAUAACAGACACUUACCACAUCAAAUGCCGGCACACUAUGUUGAUAACAGACACUUACCACAUCAAGUGCCGACAUACUAUUAUGAUCCGAGGCACUUGACUCAUCAAAGGCCGCAACAUUAUGCUAAUAGUAGGCACUUACUACCACAUCAACGCGCUGAUAAGAGGCCUUUACUGCAUCAAAGGCCCAAAAACUUAGCUGAUAAAAAGCAGAUACCCCAACAAACGCCGGAAUGCAGUGCUGAUAAAAAGCAGAUACCCCAACAAACGGCGGAACACUGUGCUGAUACGAGGUGCUUACCACACCAAACGGUAGAAGAAUAUGCUGAUAAAACGUGCCUACUACAUCAAACGGCAGAAGACAUUUCUGUUAAAAGACCCUUACCACAUCAAAAGGCAGAAAAUGAUGCUGAUAAUACAUGCUUACCACAUCGAAUGUCGGAACACUGUGCUGAUAUGAUGAACUUGCCACAACAAGCACCUGAAGACCAUACUGAUAGAAAGUGCUUACCACUUCGAAUGUCGGAACUCUGUGCUGACAUGAUGAACUUGCCACAACAAACACCUGAAGACGAUACUGAUAAAAAGUGCUUACCACAUCAAAUGCCGGAACCAACUGUUCCUGAUGUAGCCACAGUAGAACGUGUACACUGUAAAAUUUGUGGUGUUGUGUUUCCUCUUAAGAAUUUGGAAGCGCAUAAUAAUGGAGAGAAACAUCGAAGAAUGUUAAUAGAACUACAUGAGCAAUCAACGGAAAGUAAAACUUCAAAUGGAGAAGAGGGUGUACAUAUUCAAAAUUCUCAAAAGAAUCCAGUAGUUCAACAUAAGAAAGUUCCAAAAUCUAAGAAAGAUGGGUGUUCUGUAGAAAAUACGAGUCGCGAAGCUCCUAGAUUCGGGUACAAGGAAGUUCCUGCUAAAGGUUCUAAAAGGAAACUCAGGGAUCACACUGGUGCAAAGGAUCUUUAUUUCAAGGUAGAGAAUGUGAAAAAUGAAACUAGUAGUUUCCAGAAAAAGAAAGUUACAGCUGACAAGUCUAAAAGGAAAGUCAGGGAUAACACUGAUUCAGAGGAUCAUCGUUCCAAGCGCGAGAUUGAAGAAGCACUAGGAGGUAAGUACAUGAAGAUGAGUAAUGGGAUUAGAAGGUCUGUAAAAAAUGAUAAGCCACAAUCAACUCCAGUUGAGUUGAGUGCCUCAGCAGGCUCUAAUAUUAGUGCCAAGACGGAAUGUAUAAGUUGUGAACCCUCAGGUCAGAUCGAUUCGCAGACAGAACUAGAAGAAGGCAAAGAACUUCUUGAGGUUCAGAAUUAUGGCGUGGAAACAAAUGAUCAGCCACACUCAAUCUCAAUGGAGAUUCAUGGCCUUGGAGGUUCUGAUAUUAAUACCCUGAUUGAAGAUGCAUAUUCUGAUUUUAGUGCAAUAGUAUUAGUACCACCACAAUCUCCUAUUGCUGUUCAGGUACCCACACCAGUAGACAUUACACAGACAGAAAUGCUUGAGAGCAAAGUUCAUAAUGAGGUUCAGAAUGAUAUUGUUGAUUCAAAUGAUCAGCAACGUUCGAUCUCAAUGGAGUUGCACGACUCUGCUGGUUCUAUGACUAACAACCAAACCGAAAUUGUGAAUUUUGACUCUGCAGCUAUAGAAAUAGUUAUAGAACCACUUGCUUCCGCAUUGCCAUAUGCAGUGGGGUCAAGUUUUGAAUCUCAAGUAUCGGAAGCCGUAUCAUAUAUUGAGAGCCAACAUCCUACUGAGGAAACAGAUAUUGAACUGCUAUCAUCUGUCUUAAUGGAGAUUGAUGCCCCUCCCGAGGUCGGUGUUGAAACUGAAGACGGAAGUUCUCAAGUGGAAGUGGAGAUGGAUGUUCUCGCCGACGACCCUGCAGGUUCUGAUGUUAAUGCCUUGAUUGAAGAUACAUGUUCUGAUUCUGGUGCAAUAGUAAUAGCACCAUCACAUUCUCCUAUUGCUUCUCAGGCAUCCGCACCUGUAGCUGUUAUACAGACAGCAAUGUUUGAGAGCAAAGUUCAUAAUGAGGUUCAGAAUGCUAUUGUUGAUUCAAAUGAUCAACAACGUUUGAUCUCAACAGAGUUGCACAACCCUGCUGGUUCUAUGUCUAACAACCAAACCGAAAUUGUGAAUUUUGACUCUGCAGCGAUAGAAAUAGUUAUAGAACCACUUGCUUCCGCACUGCCAAAUGCAGCAGGGUCAAGUUUUGAACCCAUGACUGAAUGUGGUCUAUAUACUGAAACAGAACCUCAAGUAUCAGAAGCUGUAACAUAUAUUGAGAGCCAACCUCCUACUGAGGAAUCAGAUAUUGAGAUUGAUGCCGCUUCUGAGGUCAGUGUUGAAACUGAAACUGAAGAUAGAGGCUCUCAAGCGGAAGUGGAUACGGAUGUUCUCGCCGGUGCGUCGGGGAGAAUUCAUUUGCCUCAGGUAUCAAUUUGUCUUAUGUGUGGCGAUGAAGGCUUUGAAGAGGCAAUAGUAUAUUGCAGCAAAUGUGGAGAUUAUGCAAUGCAUAGGUAUUGUUUAAAGGGUCCUGUGGUUUUUACAGACGACGUUAUUUGGUUUUGUGAGGAUUGCGAAGAAGAGAUAUUAGGCGCAGAUUAUCCAGAUAGCAAAGCUGCAGAUUCGGAAAAAUGUGAAGUUGAUUCCAUCGAGAAAUGUGUUACUUUUGUUGAUCCAAAACCUAUUGUUGAUCCAAUCUGGAGGGGAAGUUUGCAGGUUUUCAACAAAAGCUUUGAUAAAAUCACAAGACUAAUGGGCCAUUUGUCCACCUUAGCAUGCCCAAAAGUUCUCGAGGAGACAAGACAUCUCCCUAAUGUGCUAUAUGGAGACUUGGUUCAAAGAUCAGCUGUGUGGCCAAAGAGUUUCAAGAAAUUUGGAACAGAUAACCUGAGCAUUGGCCUUUAUUUCUUUCCUCAAAAUGAAAGGGUUGUGAGAUAUUAUGACAAAUUAGUUGAUGAAAUGAUUUCCAAUGAUCUUGCCAUAAGAGUUUGGGUCGAAAAAGCUGAGCUUUUAAUUUUUUCUUCUAGAAUGCUCCCAAGCCAAUAUAAGAGAUUUCAAUCAAAGUAUUAUCUAUGGGGUAUUUUUAAAAGAAAGCAAGAACCACUGGUUUAGGACUAAUGUGUCAUAACUUUUGAAUACAUAGUACUAAUGUGUAUAUAACCAUAGUUUAUGUAUGCUUCUUAAGAACUUUACUUCUUGCCCUUUUGUUUAAGUUUUUGCUAGAAGAUGGUGCUUCUUUUGAAUACAUAGUAAUAAUGUGUAUCUAAUCAUAGUUUAAUAAUGCUUCUCAAGAGUUUUACUUA